GAGCGUAUGAUGGCAAUCUGCUCCACAGCUGGAAGAGAAUCCUUCUCUUGACAUCACUUAAGCCCUCCCCGUCUGCCACUGACCCUGAGCCACAAUCCCACUCAGGGAGCACUUAUGCUGCAGGCAUCCGGGCGAAAAGGCUGCUGGAAAAAGGCAAGGCAGCCGUUGACAUCUUCAGGGGAGAAGCGGGAGAGGGAUCCAGCCAUCUCAAGGCUCCCAGCUGCAUCCUCCUGCCUGCCUGGCUCACAGAUGACGAACGGCACUCUCUCCAUCCAGGAGGCUUCCCCCCCAGGGACAGUCCCCCCCACCAUGGACUCCCUCGUCUCCUCCUGCUGCACCUUGGUGACGGGGGCCUGGGUGCCCAAGGAGGACCAAAAGAACCAGCACGUGGUGAGAAUGGUACAGAUCGCGGUGUUGUGCGUGCUUUGCCUGACUGUUAUCUUUGGGGUGUUCUUCUUAGGCUGCAACUUGCUGAUCAAGUCGGAGAGCAUGAUCAACAUGCUGGUGAAGGACCGCAGGCCCUCUAGGGACGUGGAAGUGGUGAUCAUUGAGACAUAACCCCCUUGCAGAAAAGGCAGAAGGAUGUGCAUGCAUUGCGUUUGGAGGAGUCGUCUAUAUCCUGCUGACUCUUUAGAGUUCCACGAUGAUUGAGGGAAAGUUGUCUGAUCAUUCCUCAGCUACAGCACUUUAUGGCGAGAAUGGAAAUGGAGGCAGAGCGCAGCAGAGUUACACCAACUAAGGUGUGUUUGUUUUGGGCAUUAUCAGUGAACCUGUGCUCCUGCUGAUCAUUUUAAAUGUUUUUUCUCCUUGGCUUGGCUAGAUGCUCCCACAUAUAGAGACUUUAUAACAUCAUUGCUACAAACCCUCUCCUGACUUUCCAGGCAGGUGACCUCCAGGACAAAGGCACACCUGUCUUGCACUUGAAUCUUGGGCUCACAAUCAGCAGCCAAAGGACAUCACUCCUGUUCCCACUAAGCCUGCAUCUUUUUGUUGCUUCUGUGGUUUGGGUCUGUCACAACAAAGACAGACAGCAGCCACACCCUGGAAAGAAGAAAAGCAGUGACAGAGUGGGAGAGAAUGCACAGAAAGACACUCCAAGGGCCUCUGAAUGGUUUUGAACUCGGCUAAGCUGGCAGCGUGCCAGCCUCACCCCCUCACUUCACCUAAAAUGGAAAGUAUGCGUGACCAACUCUCUCUGGCAAGAGAUCCGUGGUUACUCUAAGCGCUGUGUCAUUGUUGUUUAAAUUUUGUGUAAACCCAGUGAGGAUGAUCUUUGUGUAGCGGCGGACAGUGAUGGGUUGUUUACUGCGCUCUUUCCCAAACCUAUUAAAAAGAUACAGGAAUUGC